UUUCCAUUGCAGCUUGGCGAGAGAGGGAGAGCGCGCGGCGCGGAGGCUCAAAGUGGAGAAACUCCUCCAGCAGCCAGUGCCACAUCACUAUUCUGACCGCACACAGAGGCGCUCCAGCAUGCUUCUGAGGCUCCUGCUGUUUCUUGGUGCCCUGGUGAGGGUCACUGAGCCUGCCCCACGCUGUGAACCAGGCCAGGAAACCUUAGGACAAUGCCAAACAGGAGGAAAAGCAAAAUGCGUGGACAUCACCUUAGGCUCUUGUGGUGACGUUCCCUACACCAAAACAAUGUAUCCUAAUUUGCUGGAUCAGAAGUCCAGAGAAGUGGUUGAAUUCAGCUCUGAAUAUAUUCUCAUGAGUGUGCUACACAACUUGCUUCAGGGAGAAUGUAAUCCUGAUCUGAGACUCUUGAGCUGCUCAAUACUGGCCCCACAGUGUGAAAAAGACAAAAUGAUAAAGCCCUGCAGACACGUCUGUGAAAACCUGAGAAAAAAUUGCCUUCCUGCAUUUGACACAAUAGACAUGGCUUGGCCCUACUUCUUAGACUGUGAUCGCUUCUUUGCUGGUGAAGAAGAAGGUUGUUUUGAUCCACUGGCAAAGCUACGAGGGGAGCCAGAAUUAGCUGAGGAAGAUUUACUUGUGGAUGUGCCUACAACUUUAAUUCAGUUCACCCAUCAUUCGUAUUACAAAAUGGUGAGCAUUUUGAAGAAGACUGCUUCUAGGUGCUCCCACAUUGCAAGAACUUACAGCAUUGGCCGUAGCUUUGAAGGGAAAGACCUUUUUGUGAUUGAGUUUUCAACCAAUCCUGGACACCAUGACCUGAUGAAGCCAGAAUUUAAGUAUAUUGGAAACAUGCAUGGAAAUGAAGUUGUUGGAAAAGAAUUGUUAAUAUACCUUGCACAAUACUUGUGCUCUGAAUAUCUCCUUGGGAACCCCAGGAUCCAGACUUUGAUAAACAACACUAGAAUUCACCUUCUGCCUUCACUGAACCCAGAUGGGUAUGAACUUGCUGCAGAAGAGGGAGCUGGUUACAAUGGAUGGAUUAAUGGACGUCAAACUGCUCAGAACCUUGAUCUUAACAGAAAUUUCCCUGACUUGACAUCUGAAGUUUACAACAGAGCCGGGCUCCGAUGGGCACGCCUAGACCACAUCCCCAUUCCACAGUCCUAUUGGGAGGGUAAGGUAGCACCGGAGACAAAAGCAGUUAUGAAGUGGAUGAGGGCUAUCCCAUUUGUAUUGUCUGCCAGUCUCCAUGGAGGUGAAUUAGUUGUUACCUAUCCCUAUGACUUCUCAAGGCAUCCACUAGAAGAGAAAAUGUUCUCCCCUACACCUGAUGAGAAGAUGUUCAGAUUGCUGGCUAAAGCAUAUGCAGGUGCACAUCCAAUCAUCUCAGACAAAUCAGAAGCUCGUUGUGGUGGAAACUUCGUAAAACGAGGAGGAAUUAUAAAUGGUGCUCAGUGGUACAGCUUUACUGGAGGUAUGGCAGAUUUUAAUUACCUUCACACAAACUGUUUUGAAAUCACCUUGGAGCUGGGAUGUGACAAGUUUCCUUUGGAGGAGGAACUGUAUUCAGCCUGGCAUGAAAACAAAGAAGCCCUUCUGACUUUUAUGGAAAUGGUACACCGUGGGAUAAAGGGAAUUGUGUCUGAUAAAUUUGGUAACCCAAUAAAAAAUGCCCGAAUUUCAGUAAAAGGGAUCCGACAUGAUGUUAUCACAGCUGCUGAUGGAGACUACUGGAGACUCCUACCUCCGGGAAGAUACAUAAUCAGUGCUCAUGCUAUCGGAUACAGCAAGGUGAUGAAAAGGGUCACUCUGCCUGCCAAGAUGAAAAGAGCGGGGAGGGUAGAUUUUGCCCUUCGAUCUCUAGAUACAAGGCCUAAAAAUUUCCUCUGGGGGCCAGUGGAAGACAUAUAUGAGCGAUACGACCCACUGGAAUAUUUUGAUCCUCAUGCCCAACAUGCACAGUCUGAACCAAGAGAAGAAAGAGGGCAGCCUACACGGCACAAUGAGAAGCCUUGGUGGUGGUCUUACUUCAGCUCUCUAGGCCAGCAUAAACCAGUGUGGCUGCUCAAACAGCGUUAAGCCAGAUAAUUGUUUUGCUCACCUUCUUAUGACACUGUUCCAUCAAAAUCCUAAUACCCUGAUUGCUAAUGGCAAUAUUUAAAUCUCUUUAAUUUGGAAAUACAGUGUUAACUCAAUAUCACUUUCUGUAAUUCUUUUUUUUCCUCUUUUCACAGAAUUGACUAUAUUCAAGUACUUUUAUAUAUUAAAAAAAUAGUACACAUUUGUUCAAAGGCCAGGUUCUAUUCAGUUUCCUAGUAAUGUGCUUUCCUUAUGCCCAUGCAGUUAAUCAUCAGAUUUAUUAUUUAUUAGAUUCUAAAGUACCUGCAGAGGAAUCUUCCUGAUCUUUUAAUGCAUUUUCAAACAUGUCUUAUCACAUUAAUUAUUGCAAACUGAAAACAACCUUUAGGAAAAUUUGGAAAAGCCUUUUCUUCUUUAUACAUUAUUUCUGCAUAUUAAGUUUAGUACAUUAAAUCUUCCAGCAUAGAUUAAAAUUAUUUUAGAGGAAAAAAAACCCUUCAUUUGAUCUCAGCAUUAAUUUUCAGAAAAGACUCACUAGAAAGGAGAAAUGUGGAAAGAAGAAAUCUGUGUUUCUGAAUUAGGAACAUUUACAGUAGGAUGAGCUACUAGUGAAAGAGUCAGUUCUUUUUAAGAAACAUAUUGAACAAAGUCACAUUUUCCCAAAUUCUAUUUGAGAAAUUCUCAUUCAGUUUCCAUCUGGUAAUGCUUGAAAGGGACCCAUACAAUUUUAUAAAAUAAAGGGAAACGUGAUAAAGGCCAGAUUGUGAUAUCCUCCCAUGUGUUGCUUAGUGCCUUACAUCAGGAGUAAACAACUGAAGUAAAUGGGAAUACUUGGAGAGUAUGGUACUAUUCAUGGGAGUAAGAGUAUUUGACCCUACUAGAGUUUUAAUACUAAAGGUAUGCUUGUAUUUCUGAAAACAUUUGUUAUUAAAAAGUACUAGGAGGUGAAGAAUAAAUGGCCUAAUUCAUGAGGGAACUAGGUUAAAAUGUGACAUAUGCCAUACCAGGGUAAUUAAUGGCUUAAUUGUAGAAGAGCGUCUGGAUUCAGCAUAUUGAAAAGAAGCUUUUUUUGUGAGUGAGAUUUCAAGUGUUUCCUAAUUAGAACUAGGUGUGAAAUAGAGCGAGGAUAACCUUCCCUGUGCUAUGUCUGUCCAGGCCACAAUCAGGAGUUUUAAGUUGGACUGAAGUUCUGCUGGGUUUCAUGAAUGGUAAUCCAGAUACAGGGGUUGGGUUAUGGCACACCAGUAGGAAACAACAGGUAGAAUCUUUGGAGAAGGAACCUCAACCUCCCUGAAUUCCUGAGUUAUUUCACUCUCCGGAAGAUACACAGUUCAUUUUUCAGUUGCAACAAUUUUAUGGGGAAAAAAAUAAUUUUCAAUUUUUUUUAAGUAUUUUUUAAAAUCAAGAAGAAUAGACGUGCCUUGUUGAGAAUGCAAUAACUUCCACAUUAAAUAAACCAACCAAAAAAAGGAUUUUCUUUUAGGACCACAAAUAAUGAGAAUAUUCAAUAAACCUAAAAUCUGUGAAGGGCUAUUUUUUCCUGACAGUUACAAGUGGACAUAUUGUAUGUAGUAGACUUAAAUGUAGUGAUGAGGGGAUAUCAAACUCACUUAUUGAGCAAGCCGACGACUUGGUUCAGAGCAUUACCAGUUAGAUGUUAAAUGAUUGUAGUCCCUAGAACUGGGAUCUUAAUCUCAUCUCUAAAGUGGGAGUAGUGAUAUUUCCCACCCGUAUCUGUCUUAUCUAUUUAGCGUGUAAACUCUGUGGGGCAGGGAGUGUCUCUUAUUAUGACUGUGUCUACACUGUGAGCUAGGGGUAUGAUUCCUGAAUACAUAUCCACCAAUUUUCAGGUGGGUUUGUAUUUGGCACACCUCAGCCAUGUUUCUGCUGCCACAACCCGAGCUACUGUGGCUAUGCUGCUAUUUAUACUCAUGCUAGCUUGAUGAGAGCUAGUCAAGUAUGUGUACACGAGAAGGGGAAUCACAUCCCUAGCUUGUAGUGUAGACCUGGCCUAUGUGUAUGUAGUGCUCAGCAUUUGGGGCAUCUCUAGGCACUACUAUAAUAAAUGCAUGAGAAUGGACACUAUGAAAAACAACCUCAUGACCUGAUUCAGGAAAGCCCUUAUAUGUGUGUUUAACUUUAAGCGCAUGCUAAAUUCCCAGUGGAAUGGGAAUUAAAGUUAAAUACAUGCUUAUCUGCUUUUCUGAAGAGGAGUGGAUUUACACAGCUGUUUAAGCGCUUUCAUGAAUUGGGGCCUCAUGCAGCACUAAGGUUUAGGAACACAGAAAAGAAAUUAAGAGCAAUGAAAGUUACCUGACAGCCUCCAUUUCGACUUGGCUAGUCUCUUUUUCAGAAUGUCAGAACUACUUUGCAGUGUGACAUGUCCCCCAGAGGGACUAUAAUAUCAGUCUAAACUCCACACCCAAAAAUAGUUUAUCUUAUAUGUGAAUUACAGCACAUGCUAGUGAGACUCCCUCUCCUUCUAAGUCAAAGCCUAUGUUUUUUUCAAUUCCCUUCCAACCACAUAUUGAACAUUAUUGACCUAUGUUUUUGUAGCAUCCGCCUUAAUAAUUAAUUUCCCAGUCUCCAUUGUUACCUUUGUUCAUUCAAGCAGGAUGCCAUCCACAAAGCUUUUUUCAUUAACAGGCAUUUGGAACUGCUAAAGGUCUAGGGAACACUCUUCAGAGAGCUUCAUCAUUAAUAUGCCAGUGCAGAAACUCCUCAAUGGAUUCACAGUAUACAGAUGUAAUUAAUAGCCUUUAAGAAGGUGAAGAACAGGGAGAAGUGUUUGCUAAUGUUAUAUUUGAAGUUUCUCUUUUAAUUAUACAGUAGAGAUAAUUUAGAAUAAGCAAAAAUGCCAAGGGAAAAGGAAAAUUAAUUUACACUUCACAAGAAUUGUGAAAACUCCUAUUAUUCUAAAGAAACUCCGAGUCAGAUUAUAUUUGUCCCUUGCACCAAUGUGAUGGGGGAAGGCAGGCAGAAAUGCCUUCUUUUGUCCCCCCUGUGCAGGAGGUGGCCAGAGUUAUGAUCCCUGCAGUCCCCUGAAGAAUUCUCUUGCUUUUCCAAAGAGGGAAGGAGGAGAAGAUUUCUCAAGCUGGGCAUCCAAAAAUGGAGGCACCCAAAAUCAUUAGUCACUUUUGAUUGACCAUUUCUCUUUGAAUAUAAUAUAUAAUGUUUAUAUUUGCAUAACUCUCCUGAUUUUCACACCUAUAUACUAUGCUUCCAUCACACAGGUGAACUAGGCUGCUUUCAAAUGACAUCUCCAUUUGCAUGCUGAUAAAGUCCUAUGAAGUAGCUGUUGAAGUGGACAGGUUUUUAGCAGCUCAGCAAGCCAGUCCCUUUUCCUAGAAGCAAACGUUUGCUAGGAUCUUAGUUUAAUUUUUUUUAAACAAUUGCUUUAAAGGGCAGUGAUGACAGCCUUCACAAUAUGAACAGAACGUAAACUGAUCCAAUGGUGGCUGCAACAGACUGAAAUAAUAUCUCUGAGAGGUGGGCAUUCUCCUUAUUCAUCUCAGUGGGUUAACCCCAGAAGCUUGUGAUGCUCUAAAUGUCACCAUUAACUCUUUCACUGUUGCAUGCAUGAAAGAAGAAGGAUGAUCAUAUUAUUAAGAUCUGCACAGUAUACCAUGAAUUGGUGUCACAUUUUGAUGUCAUGAGUGAGCCAAAUUGGUUUGUGGGCAGAGCUUGGGAGAACAUCACCACUUUCCCCUCCAAUUCUAACUUUUUCUUUAACUUUUAGUAGUACAAAAGGCCAGUUAUUAGAAAUGUAUGCCAAAGUAUUUGAACAGGGAAACAACAUUUUGAAAUAAAGAAAAUUUGGUACAUUAUUGAUAUUACUCAUGGAUACUCAUCACUGCAGUAUGUGACUGAAAAGAUGAAUUAUUGAUGGAGAUGUAACAUAACUAUAGUAUAUAUUUGAAAGGCAAUUGUAAUUAUGUAUAUGGGUUUUAACUUCAAAAGAAGGGAAGUCUUAAUCAACAUAUAUGUAUUUGAUAUAUGUAUUUAACUCAGAGAGGUUAAGGCCGUGUGCAGUACUACCUCCAGUGACUCAAAACCAUGAAUACCUGCCUCAAGGCAGACUGCUAGGAACCAGGGCACAAAUCCCAAAUUGGUUGUGAGUUCUAUACUUAGAGUUCACCAAAUGAAUUACCAAGUGGAAAUGCCUCAGGCAUUAUAACAGUCUCAACAUGGAGUCACAGACAGUCCCCGUGGGUACUCUGCUCUACCGAACCACGCAGGUGAGUGCACGUUUGUGAUAGGUGGUCCAUUACACCAAGAGACACAGCAAUAUUCAGGUUACUACCAGUCCCAAAGGAUCAGUCACUUACCCCAGGUCAAUUUGCACCUUAGAUUCUAUACCAAAGACAACACUAAAAAAAAAGUUAGUUAUUUAUAAGAUUAAAGCAGGUUACACACACACACAUGAUUUACAGUUUUAUGUUUCAAAAGGUAACAGAAUCUUGUAUAAUAAGCAAGCUCUAUAUGUCCUUUAGGGGACUAACCCAGGUUAAGCAGCUGGGGAUCUCUUUCUUAUGCCUAGAAACAUUUUGCCCUCAAGUCCAAUCAGCAGAGAUAAUCAGUUCCUUCUUGUUAGGGGUUUUAUUCCGCUCCUGCCAUGUGCUCUGAGCUGCAAGCUCAGGUGAUAGGAAGAGUCCACAUGCAUGACUCACCUUCACAGGAAGGAGGGCAAAAUAAAAAAAGGCUUUUGUCCUCCUGUUGACAGUAUUUAGGAUAUUCCAGUUGUAACAUUCCCACAGUAGUCCAGCUGGUAUUGAAGGACAUUUCCUUUUCGGAAAGGCAUAAAACUUUCUGUUAAAAAUUGGCCCUUCACACUAAUAUCUUCAUAGCUCAGACCUAAGUUAAGGGUUUGUUACUGGAGUUGGUGGGUGAGAUUCUGUGGCCUGUGUUGUGCAGGAGGUCAGACUAAACGAUCAUAAUGAUCCCCUCUGACCUUAUAGUCUAUGAUUCUAUGUCUCUCUCCUGUCUGGUGAUUUACACAGUCAGAGAGGUUAACUAUACAACCGCUCAUAUAUUAUCUUGCAAUAAGGGAUAUAGGUGUUAUGUAAGUGGGAUUAAUGCAUGCAGAUACUCACAAACAUUCAGUAGAGUUUAAACAGUAAACACAUUCUUCUAAUUCUAAUAUCUAUUUAACACUAUGAACACACAAGUGAGCUAGAUUAAUUCCAGCUAUGUAGUUGUCAGUGUUCAUUUGAGACAUGGGGACCUCAAUACUGAGAUGGCAGCUGGCCUGCCAGUGUCACACACUGAAACUACUCCCACUGAUUUGCGGAAAUCCUUCCAAUGAAUUGUCCAAUGACAAGUUUAGAUGACUUGUUUGAAGCCAUAUAUAGGAAGUAAGUGUUAGAGCCCAGAUUAGAAUUUGGGAGCUUCUGGAUUCUAUUACCAUGCUCAGUCCACUAUAUGAAGUCUGAGUUUCUAUUCUAACUUACUGGAUAAAAUCCUUGCCCCCAUUGAAGUAAAUGGCGAAACACCCAGGAUUUCAUCCAUUACUUAUGUCCAUCAAUGAUUUUGUCUAAUCAGUGAUUGUUGAUCCCUCGAUUCGAGGAUGACCUCUACCAUGGAUUUACAUAUGGGUCCUGAGAUGACUCAGGAGCCCGAUCCUGGAACCGCAAAUCUGCCUGCAGUAGGUACAGACAUUUUGUGGCAGACCAGCGGCUUGUUGGGAGAAAAUUAUUUCUUUUUCCUUCCUCCUCUCUUUUCAGCUUUGAGGGGAAGGCACUUUGUGGCCUCUGACCACCACGGGAUCUCUGACCAUGGGUGAGCUCAGAGUAGAGGACUUGUUUGGUAGGCAAGAGUCUGGCAUCCACACACAAUGCCCAGCGCAGUGAAGUUGGUGCAGGAGGAUCAUUGCUUCAAUGUCUAAUCAGUAACCAACUGAUAACUGAUUCGUUAGCUAACACAGCCCCAUAGUUACCCUUCUGCUUAUCUCCAUUCUGCUUCAUAGAGAAAAGAUGUAAUUAGCCAGGUGCAAUCAAUUCUUACUGCUGGCUGUUGCCCAAAUGUUCUAAACAAUAUUAAAUUUACGUCCAAUAAUACUAAUUACAUUUAAGGCCAUAUAAAAAUGAUGAUUUAUAUUCCAACUAAACAUAUAACAGUGACUGCAGAUGACACCAAUAAUAUAUGGUUAAUGAGGACAUGACUGAUAAUAUCUACAUAAGUUAGAGUAAUAAAAAAUGACUUCAGUACUCUCUGUUUGCUUUAUUCAUCUUUAACUGAAAAUAAAGAUAACUUUUGUCAGCAGAAGAUAAAACUGCAUAGAUAAAAAUCACAAUCAAAUUUGCACAGUAAAUAGCAAACCUCAAGUACCACCAGCUAAAACAAAGACCAGGCACUAUGUUAUGCUGAUAGAAGGUAGCUGCAAAGAUAUUACAGCAAAAUGUUUAUUUGAUUUUAAAGUGUCCUGUAUUCAAAUGAAUGUUCUUAAGUCACAUUCUGGUUGGUUCAAUCACCUCUUGCCUCACACAUUCAAAACCCAGUUGACGAAAAAUCCAUAAAAUCUGACUGUAAAGGUGAAACCUUCAAUCUAUUGCAGGAGUAAAUUGCUAAUAAAUAGAACUGAACACACACAAAGAAGGAAACGCAGGUGGCACAUAUAGUAUAUGAAUGUAAUGGAGGAAAAAAAGUCUUUUUAAAAUCAUGAGUUAAUUAUUAAAGGACUAGAUCAUGCAGCCAUUACUCACCAUGGAGAACACUUACACUCUCAAGUAGUCCAAGGUGCGUAAAGGAUACCCAAUCUAGCCCUAAAUAAAUUGUACCGUACAGGAGAACUGAAGAUACUGUGACUGAGGCCUUGUCUAUACUAGAAUUUUUUGCCACUUUAACUAUACCAGUAUAAUUAAAGCCAUACACGCCCCCUUGUUUGGAGGCAGUUCUAUCAGUGCAAAGGCAUUUUAUACCAGUAUAGCUAUUCUCAUUCCGGAAGAGGACUAGCAUUCCAGUAUAGGUCAUCUUUAUACUGAGGACUUGUCUACACUUCCUGCUAAAUCGGCACUGCUGCGAUCGAUGCAGAGGUGUCUAUUUAGUGGGUCUGGUGACUGCUGUAAGUCGACCUAAGUUAUGUCAACGUCUGUUACCUAACUUAUGUAACUGAAGUAGUGUAACUUAGUUUGAAUUGGCUCAUUAACACUGACCCCCCACUUGGUAAGGCAACUCCCAUCUUUCCAUGUGCUGUGUAUUUAUACCUGCCUACUGUAUUUUCCACUCCAUGCAUCUGAUGAAGUGGGUUUUAGCCCACGAAAGCUUAUACCCAAAUAAAUUUGUUAAUCUCUAAGGUGCCACAAGAACUCCUUAUUGUUUUUGCUGCUAGAGUAACACGGCUACCACUCUGAAACCUUUCAACAUAUGUACUCAGAGGCAAGUUAUGGAAGGGUGCACAAUUAGGGAAGCCCUUUGCAUUGAAACCAUAUUGUAUUUCCUGCACGUUGCCCACAGUCAAAAUCCUGUGCAGCAGAUGCUUCAUGGCCUUGCACAACUGGAUGACAACAGCCCCACCAUAGAUUUUCCAAUAGCAAACUGAUUGCCCAUUCCAGUAUUGCAAGCUUCCAAAGAGCGCUUGCUACCCAUUUCUCCACUGUCAGAGCAGCUUUCCUUUUGGUGUCUCUGCUCUGCAGAGCUCAGCAAACGUCUCUAAGAAUAUAGUCUCCCCCAUCCGAAAAUUCUGCAGCUACUACUGGUCACCCCAGGUUUCCAUCACGAUCCAGCCCUACCACUCAGUGCUUGUUUCAUGGGCCCAAAACCAUUGUUCCACCACCCGCAGCCGGUCAGUUUCAUUCACUGUCUUUAUCAUCCACUCCUCCUCAGUAGUCCAGCUGCCUGAAUGGCUGCUGUCGUAGGUGCUGUGGUUCUGAAAAGAAAAAUCAUUUGGCGGAGCCUUAAAAUAGACAAGAGAGCUCCUCUAAUCUGGGCAGCAUCCCUAGCUUUGGCAGAAAAUAGAAAAAAAAAAAGAGUGGAUUAUGGGAAGGAAUUGUGGGAAUUUUUUAAAAACAGUGCAAGCAGAGAGAAUUGUGGGAAUUUUGACUCCAGUCUACCGCAGUUUCCUGAGAGAAGUGACACUAUCCCACAAUACACCGCAAAAAUUUCCCAAAAGGUAGUGCACCGGAUGGUGUAGCGGGGACACUGGGAUGCCUACUCACAGUGUCAAACAUCUUUUGCUGAUCCAACCUGAUGCUAUGAGAACGUACACACUGCACAGUCAAAGGCAGCCAAAUGUGAAAUAGCCAUGUUGACAGCAAUAUGCCGGCAGAACUUUUGUGGGUAAAACUUUCUAGUGUAGACAAGCCCUUAGAAACAACACUGCCUUGUCAUGACUACAAAAGGAGUAUCAGAAGUAACAGCAGUUACCACUAGCCUGCCACGACUUUAAGCGAUAUGGCUGCAAGGCCUGGGUCUGGGCCACCUGUACAGAUUUCUCUUGUAGUGAUUAUUAUCUCCUCCUGUAACUUUGCCACAACGAGACACCAGAGCAUUCAGGGAAAAAUUCCCACAGCAGCACCAUCAGAGUGAAUCCUGCUGCUGCAGAAAGUUGUGACACUGUAAAAAUGAGUUUACAAUGCAAAUAACUCAGAUGCAGACCAUCGGAAUGAGCUGUCACCCCUCUUCUAUGGGCAGGGCUUGUUGCUGGGAGUUAACAUGUCUUUUUUCUGGAAAUUGUGAAGCUAUUUGUUUUAAAUUGCUUGCCCAUGAUAAAAAUUUAAGCUGAAAUGAGCUCUUUUCCUUUGCUCGCAAUGACAAAUACAGUAGAAGCCACUUAAUUACUCCAUGAUAAAUGGCACACCCAAUUAAUUAUGAUGAGUGCCAGGGGAAAAAACCGAUGUGAGGGAAACCAAUGACUCUAAACAAUGGAAAAGUCUGUUUAAAUUUCAUUCCUGGAGUUGUCUAUAGUCUAUUCACAAUAGUUAAAGAGCCAUUAAUUGGUGUUUUCUAUCACUAACUUUGUAAUUGUUUGGCCUCUUGUUCAUUUUAUGCUCAUAAAUGAGU